AUGGAUGAGACCUUCUCCCAGCCGGGCUCUUGGGAGGAUGAGAGCAAGUCGACCCUGUCCCCAGACCCAGCCAUUGACAUCAAAGCCACCACCUACUCCAGCACCAGUAGCAGCAAGUGCUUUAUUUCAUGUGUGCCUUGUGAAGGGGCUGUUGGUGGAGGCUUUUUGACUUGUCCCACCUGCCAGGGCAGUGGGGAGAUUCCCCGAGAGAUGGAGAAAGAGCUGGUGGCCCUCAUCCCCUGCGGGGACCAGAGGCUAAAGCCCAGACACACGAAGCUCUUCGUGUUCCUGGCAGUGCUCAUAUGCCUGGUGACCUCUAUCCUCAUCUUCUUUUUCCUGUUUCCCCGGUCCAUCAAUGUGCAGCCUGCAGGCCUCAGCUCCUCCACAGUGGCCUUUGACGAGGCUGCUAUCCACCUCAAUGUAACGAAUGUCUUGAACAUCUCCAAUCAUAACUACUACCCCAUCACUGUGACCCAGCUGGCCAUCCAGGUUCUCUACAUGUCCCUCGUGGUGGGGCAGGUCUCCGAGAGCCUCCUCCUGCCCAUUGGCCCUUUGGCCAGUGAACAGAUGUUUUACACAGUGGCCAGCAGAAUAUGGGAUGAAAAUACAUACAAAAUGUGUACCUGGCUGAAAAUCAAAGUCCAUCAUGUGUUUUUGCACAUCGAGGGCAUCCUGACCAGUUCCUACCUGAGCCACUCGGAGCAGCUGAUUUUCCAGAGCUAUGAGUAUGUGGACUGCCGGGGAAACUCUUCGGUGCCCCACUUGCUGGCCCCUUACUCACAGUGA